GUAGUAAGCAAUUUAAGUUUCAAAUAUUUACAACUCGAACAUAUAAGGUGUUGGAAAAUAUGAGGCAAAUAGAGUACGAAUGGAGUUUUAUUCACAUCAGUUAUCUAAAUAUGUAUGAUGACGAUGUUCAUGAAUGCCGUCACAAUAUAUGCAUUAAACAAGUUAGUGUAUUCUUUCCUAUGUAAAUAUUAAGCUGGCUGAACGCAUGUAGAUACAUCCCUAUAUAUGCAUGCACGGUCAGUCACCAUUGGUCACACACAAAGACACACGUGCAAAGAGUGAGGUAGUGGCAUUGUUGAAAAUGAAACAUAAUCCAUUCUUUAAAUAGAAAGGUUCGGGUUAGGGUAGUGACUACAAAUGCCACUUUUUCCCGUAUGUACAUAUGCAUGUAAAAGGGUUGAACUUAUGUAGUCGGCCACAUCUUUUGUUAGAUAAAAUUCUGACCAAAAUUGAGGACCACGUUUCAGUAUUAAAGACUCAAAUACGUUGAGAGAUACAUUUCGAUAUUUAAAAGCAUCCAAGACAACACCGUAAUGAAUGAAGUUGAGAAAGCUGAUCCGCCCCCACUGCGUGACGCUCUCGACUGCACAAUUUGCCUGGAGGCUCCAGCAUCACCGAUUAAUCGGUGUCAAAAUGGUCACAUUGUUUGUGGCAUCUGCGCAGGAAAAGUGGUACAAUGUGGUCUUUGUAAAACCAGAUUGCAAAAAUCCAUUUUGGCGGAACGGCUGUCACGACAGCUGGAAUUGAAACGCAAUUGUCCCAAUUCUGAGUCCGGUUGCGUUAAUCCGAUAGCCGCAGCAGAUUUCAAGGACCACGUGGCGACCUGCUACUACAGAGACGUGACAUGCUGCUUGAAUGGGAACAACACACUCGAGAAGAUCGCCAUCAGCGAUUAUCCCGCGCAUUUGCAAAAGAUUCACAAGAUUAAAUUCACCGAAAUUUCUGAUGGAGAGUGGGCCACUGGAGAGUACCACUUUUUAAUGGAUGGUGACAAAUUCGCAGACUCUCGACAACGUGAUAUAAACAUGAUAUUGAAGAAAGACAAGGCAAUUUUCUUGAUCCAUUUUUGCAACGAUGCUGACCAGUACAAAUUUUGGGUGAGCUUACUUGCAGACGCAAAGGAAGCGAAGAAACACUCCAUCAAGCUGAAAAUAAGCAAUCAUAUCGAUGUCGAAACACAGAUUGGACUAUCGUUCACCGUUCCUGCUCUGGCGUUCCACGAUCUCGCAAAAUUGGAGGACAGCCACUGCGCGGUGAUCCCAGCAUGUGCAUUCGCAACGCCUGGGAGGGGAGAUUCAUUUCUGCAUCGUUACGUGUCGUUAAUUUUUAAAUACACGAUAAUUUAAUGCACUCUUACUUGACAAUCUUAGUUGUACUCCGAAAUUUUGUCUCAUUAUGGAAAAUGUAUAAAAACAUUUCGUAUGUAAAUAUGUACCAAUAAGAAAAAUCUGGCCAAAACUGGAAAAAACUAUAUGGCGCCGAAAAUGGGGUACAGGUCUGUCAAUAUUGAGUCAAAAUGUGUAUGAUUGUUCGCUCAAAUAAACAACAAAAAAUCCAUUAAUAAACAAAUGCUGAGGAGCAUUCAUGUACAUAUGUAUGACGUUAAUACGUGGUAAUAA